AUGUCCUCGCUAAGAUACACCGUCCGCUGUCUUAGGGACAUCCGGCCAACCCCCAGGCCGCAAUGGCACCCGCCAGCAGCAGCGGCCACCACCGCCACGGCCACCACCGCCCUGCCCUACAGGCCGAGGAUACACCAGACCGCGAGGACCCUGUCCACGACGGCGUCGAGGCCCGCCGACCUCAACAACGACAUCACGAAAGAGCCCCCGCCUGGUUGGAAUGAGUUCCAGGGAGCUGUCGCUGCCACUGACGCCGACGCCGACGCCGACGCCGGCUCCUAUCCCGACUCCAGCUCCAGCUCCAGCUCCAGCUCGAGUUCCAACUUCGGCGCCCUCGAGGCCGCCAGCGCCGUCGCCGCCACCCCCUUCGCCCGUGCCGUUCCCGUCUCGCCCUCCUACUUCUCCCGCAAGCCCAUCUUCAACGACAGCUAUGUCGUCGUCCAGGACCUGGCCCGCAAGUACGCCCGCCUGCCCGUCCUGCCGCGCGACAAGGUUGCCCCGACCGCCUGGCGCACCAAGGAGCAGUACCGCCUAGCCAUCGGCGAGCACGUCAAGGGCCGCGACUACGCCGAGUGCAUGAAGCUGGUCAAGCGCCUCAACCAGAUCCAUCCCGACCUGAUGCCCGCCGAAGUCCUCGCCGGCCUUGCCCCUUUUAAGCGCGAGGUCAACUUCUACCUCAACAAGCCAAAGGUCCUGCCCAUCGACCGCUUCGGCCGCUCCCACGCCGUCGGCAAGCGAAAGAGCUCCAUCGCCCAGGCCUGGGUCGUCGAGGGCACCGGCGAGGUCCUCGUCAACGGCAAGCCCCUCAGCGACGCCUUUGGCCGCAUCCACGACCGCGAGAGCGCCGUCUGGGCCCUCAAGUCCACCGAGCGCAUCGACAAGUACAACGUAUGGGCCAAGGUCCAGGGCGGUGGCACCACCGGCCAGGCUGAGGCUCUGACGCUGGCCAUCGCAAAGGCCCUCUGCGUGCAUGAGCCCGCCCUGAAGAACCCACUCAGACGAGCCGGGUGUAUUACGCGGGAUCCCAGAAAGGUGGAGAGAAAGAAGCAUGGCCAUGUCAAGGCUCGCAAGAUGCCCACAUGGGUCAAGCGAUAG